CUUUCAGCAAACUCUUUCCCAUAUACCCUUCGCGCCUUAAGUGCGCACGCUCCACACCAUGCGUUCGACAUUUCUCUCUUUUGCCGCAGUAUGCGCGGCACUGGCCAAUGCCCAAAUGACAGUCUACGAGCCUCAAGGCAUCCAGGUUAUCUUCGGUGGAGCUCAGUCGACGACUGCCACAGCAGCCGCCUCCGCAGCAGCAGCAACCUACACUGGAGCUGCUGCAUACAAUCCUACUGUCCUCACUGCUCCCGCAGUACCCAAUCCAGCACCAAAUACGUCGUUCCCGAUUCAGUUGUACAGCGGCGGAAUGAAUGGGUUGUCCAUCAAGCAGAGCGGGGCAUUCUAUGGGUUCUCGAUUGAGAUGUCCGUGUCAAAUCAAGUUUUGGGAAAGAACAGUACAUUCAUUCAAGUCCCAUUCUUGAAUCUACUCGCAAACAUAGUGGAACGUGCCGGAUGGGUCCAAAUCCGUGUCGGAGGUAACACCCAAGAGUCGGCCGUUUUGGUCGAGUCCCUACCGAACGGUAUAAUCCUGCAAAAGGAUAAAGAAAAUGUCUCGGGUACAACACAGACUCCACCCUUAGACUUUACUAAAGAUCUAUUGUACAUGAUGAACAAUAUCUCUUCUUUGGUCAAUGCGCGCUGGUUCUUGGGUAUACCCUUCUUCAAUACAACGCCGUUUGCUUUGGAGAUCGUCGAGGCUGGUCAGGCGAUCUUAGGUGACAGAUUGCUGGGGCUACAGUCAGGUAACGAACCGGAUCUGUACGUUGCCCAUGACCAUCGGGCAUCCACUUACGGACCUUUCGACUACUUUGGCGAAAUGGCUAACCUCAUUGACCAAAUGGCCAACGACACUAACAUCCUCAAGCGCGACAAUAUCUUGAUCUCUCCAAGCAUUGCUGAAGGUACUUGGACGCCUGAGCAGGUAUGGGACACGGGCCUCGCAACUGCCUACUCCAGCAGUUUGUAUUCCCUCUCUGUCGAACGUUAUCCCACGGACAAUUGUGCCGCACAAUUCAACACUGGCCAACCUAUCAUUCAACCUCAGGAUAUCUUCUCGGACUUCUUGAAUCACACAUCGGGCCAGAACAUGGUCAGUCCGUACACAAACUCGACGGCCUUUGCUCAGUCGGUUGGAAAACCUUUCAUGAUGUUCGAAACGAACACGGCUUCUUGCGGAGGCUUUGCUGGAAUUAGUAACAGUUACGGCGCAGCGCUCUGGGCGCUUGACUAUGGCCUUCAGAUGGCGUAUGUCAACUUCACCGGCGCCCUCCUCCAUGUUGGUGGACAGAACGCGUUCUACAACCCUUUCACCCCUCCGCCUACUAACCAGUCGUCCUUCCGCCAAUGGACGAUCGGCCCAGUGUAUUAUUCGGCCCUUGUCAUGUCGGAAAUUCUUGGGCCCAGCAACGCUUCCCAAGUCGUCGACCUGUUUGCAAAUUCCGCAAACAUAUACACCCCCGCGUAUGCUAUCUAUGAAAACGGGAACCCGACGAAGGUGGCGUUAUUCAACUACGUCACCGAUUCAUCGGGUGCCACAGAUUACACAGCUGUCAUCGCGAUCGGUGGUGGUGAUACCGGUCAAACUGCUGCGACACCCUCGUCAGUGAAGGUCAAAUAUCUGAGUGCCUCGUCUGUGUCCCAGACAGGCAACUUCACUUGGGCUGGACAGACUUUCGGCAACAAUUUCCAGUCUGACGGUCGUCUGCAAGGUACUCUCGAUGUACAGACCGUGCAAUGUGACACCACCGCCAAUACGUGCUCAAUCAAAGUCCCGGCACCCGGCUUCGCACUCGUCUUCCUUACGGACAACUCGCUUUCGCAGGUGACGCCAGCAUCCACGCUCACGUUUCCCACAACGGCCCUCACGAAGACUGUGAACACGAUUCAAGUGAAUGCCUCUGUGCUCGCCACAUCCAACGGUCACAGUGGGAUGGCGGAUCAUAUGGGGACAACGAGUUCGGGGAGCAGCGGGGCUUUGGGUAUGAUCCAGGCCGUGCCUGGAGCACUUACCCUUCUCGCUAUCGCAGCAGGUGCUUGGAUUGUGGGGAAGGAAUGAGGAUCUCGGGUCGUGUUCUGUGAUAUGGUGGACUGGCGUAAUUGUGUUGAUGGACUCACAGGAUGAGAUGUGCCCAUGUAAGCUCGACCGAGAUCAUACUCUACUCGCCUGCCCCUGGUAAUUUGACGGGGCAUGGAUUUCGUUUUUGUCCUUAUUUCUGUCGAUAUGCCAACUGAAGCCUUUCUUUUUUGAAUCAAUCGCUGUCAUAUGCAGGUC